AAAAAAAUGUUGUUCCAAAAAAUAGAAGAUAUAGACAAUCGAUUGAUUUUGCAAUUUCCAAAAGUAUGUUCACGAACGCGUCUGUCGCAGCACUAGUUUCCAAACAUGGCAGGUCGUAGUGGCUUUGAUGAUGGUAAUCCCAGGGAUUUUGGUGGCGGUAGAAGGGCACUCGGAGGCCGUCCGCUGCCCACCGAGCCCCCAUACAAGGCUUAUGUCGGAAACUUACCUCCUGGAGUUAUUCAAGGCGACAUUAACAGAAUUUUCCCCGACCUAGCAAUAAAAAAUGUAAGGUUGGUGAUGGAUAAAGAAACAGAUAAAUUUAAAGGUUUCUGUUAUGUUGAAUUUGAAUGCCUUGAGGAUUUGAUUAAAGCAAUUGAAAUGAAUGGCGCUAUUAAUGUAGAAGGUAAUUUUAUAAAAAUUGAUGUUGCCGAAGAGAAAAGAAGUGACAGAGGAGGAGGCUUCGACCGCGGUCGAAGAGAUGGCAGAGAUGGACGAGACGGACGCGGAGGCGGGUUCCGGCAGGGCGGUGGCGGCGGCCGUGGUAUGUACGACCACUUCGACGGACUCGACCGCCGCGCGCCACGCCACCAGGGUGGAGGGUUCACACAUGAUCGCGAGCGAGGAGGCAAUGGGCCCGGCGGCGAACGGUGGGGAGACCGAGACAGUGGCCCGCGCGGCGACCGCGACUCGGGGCGUGGCUCUCGCGGGCCAUCAGAGGAGCCCCGCGGCGGCGACUGGGGCCGCAUGGGCCGCACGGGGCCCGGCGCACCCGCCACGAGGCCGCCCGGCGGGCCCGGAGCCGCCUCCGGCAGGCGUAACUUCGACGACAUGCCUCCCUCACGGCCCGACACAACGGGUAGACCAAAACUGAAAUUAGAGCCGCGGACUGUAAAAGAGCCAUUGAAUUCACUAGCAUCGACCAGUCAGGCGUCGUCAAUAUUCGGCGGCGCACGGCCGCGGGAAGAGCGGCUGAAAGAGCUCGCGGGCGAGUAGAGCCGCGCCGGCCAGCCCUUAAAUACCGCAUACUCUCAUUUCCCGCGUGUACAUGUAUCGUCCCGUCACCCAAUCGAUCCCAUCUGUGUGCCCCGAUAUUUAAAAGUGCAGACUAAAAUUGUAUAUGAACUUGAUGGAUUUUGUUAGGUUAUGAGGUUGUAAAUCAUUUUUAUGGUAUAUUUUCUUAGCUUUAUUAUAUGUAUUGCCGAUCGAGCAAUUUUUUUAGUAGGCGACCCAUUUUCGUCUCGAGUGCGAAAAUCGGCCGCUUGGUUGGUAACUGCAGUAUUUAAAUUGCUAGCAUUUGUUUGUCCGUUUUUAUAAUUAUCAGAGCUUGUGUGUAUUGUAUCGGCUUGCAUAAUAAAAAAACUUAUUCGCAAUUUAAAUACGGAAAUAUUUUUUGUUGGUAAUAAUACUGUUACAACUAAUGUAAUGCAAACAAUUAUUAUUUUUAUUUACUUAUGUGCACUCUAUUUCGCGAUUUUAAGAGCUUCGUAAAGAUUCUCUGUUGUAUUUGUUUAUCAUAUAUUGUUUAGUUUGAUAGGUCAUGGAAAAUAAUCACUGAAGGAGUAAUUAUGAAAGAUAAUUUAAGAGUUGAUAAUAUAAUGAUGUUGUUAUUACGGCGUCAUUAGUAAAAUUAACUUCCACGUACUUGGAUUUCUACUUUAUUAUUAGACAUUGUGUAAUGUAAUAAGUUACGUGGCAAAGAAAUAAAAAAAAAUCGCAAAAUUGUAACAGAAUAUAGAAAAAUAAAUAAAAAAUGAAUUCUUUGUAA